AUGUCCGCCGAACAAGUAAGCGGCCUUUGUGAGCAGCUAGUGAAGGCGGUAACAGUGAUCAUGGACCCGGCCUCCACUCAGCGUUACCGUCUGGAGGCGCUCAAGUUCUGCGAGGAGUUCAAAGAGAAGUGUCCCAUAUGCGUGCCCUGCGGGCUGAAGCUGGCUGAGAAGACGCAGACGGCCAUCGUCCGGCACUUUGGCCUCCAGAUCCUGGAGCAUGUGGUCAAAUUCCGCUGGAACAGCAUGCCUCGCCUGGAAAAAGUUUAUCUAAAGAACAAUGUCAUGGGCCUCAUAUCCAAUGGAACUCAAAGUAUUCUGGAGGAGGAAAGUCACAUUAAAGAUGUUUUGUCUCGCAUUGUGGUGGAGAUGAUAAAGCGUGAAUGGCCUCAGCACUGGCCUGACAUGCUAAAAGAGCUGGAUACCCUCUCAAAGCAAGGGGAAACUCAGACAGAACUGGUGAUGUUCAUCCUCCUACGGUUGGCAGAGGAUGUGGUGACUUUUCAAACUCUGCCUACCCAGAGACGACGAGAUAUCCAACAAACCCUCACCCAGAACAUGGAGAAGAUUUUCAGCUUUCUGUUAACUACCCUGCAGCAGAAUGUUAACAAGUACAGACACAUGAAAACUGAGCUGGCUCAGGAACCAAAGGCCCAGGCAAACUGCCGUGUGGGGAUAGCAGCGCUCAACACGUUGGCUGGCUACAUUGACUGGGUGGCUCUGAGCCACAUUACAGCAGACAACUGCAAACUCUUGGAGAUGUUGUGUCUGCUCCUAAAUGAGCCUGAGCUCCAAAUAGGAGCAUCAGAAUGUCUCCUGAUUGCUGUCAGCAGGAAAGGUAAGCUGGAGGACCGUAAGCCUCUGAUGGUCUUGUUCGGAGACGUUGCCAUGCACUACAUUCUCUCUGCUGCCCAGACAGCAGAUGGAGAAGGCCUGGUGGAGAAGCACUAUGUUUUCUUGAAGAGGCUUUGCCAAGUUUUGUGUGCAUUGGGCAGCCAGCUGUGUGCAUUACUAGGCUCAGAUUCUGAUGUGGAAACGCCAGCCAACUUUGGAAAAUACCUUGAGGCAUUUUUAGCCUUCACAACCCAUCCCAGCCAGUUUCUGCGUUCUUCCACCCAGAUCACUUGGGGAGCCCUCUUUCGGCAUGAAGUUUUGUCUCACGACCCCUUAUUGCUGGCUAUGAUUCCUAAGUAUCUCCGUGCAUCUAUGACCAACCUAGUGAAGGUGGGCUUUCCCUCUAAAACAGACAGCCCCAGUUGUGAAUACUCACGCUUUGAUUUUGACAGUGAUGAGGACUUCAAUGCCUUCUUCAACUCUUUCCGAGCCCAGCAAGGCGAGGUGAUGAGGAUGGCUUGUCGUUUGGACCCUCGAACUGGUUUCCAAAUGGCUGGUGAAUGGCUGAAGUACCAGCUCACAGCUCCUGUUGAUGCUGGACCUAUGAAUUCCUGCUCUAGAACAGGCGAAGGUCUCUGCUCCAUCUUCUCUCCAUCCUUUGUGCAGUGGGAUGCCAUGACCUUCUUCUCAGAGAGUGUCAUCAGCCAGAUGUUUCGAACCAUGGAUAAAGACGACAUCCCAGUGAAUGAUGGCAUAGAUCUCCUGCAGCUGGUCCUCAAUUUUGAAACAAAGGAUCCACUCAUUCUGUCCUGUGUGCUCACUAAUGUCUCUGCUCUCUUCCCAUUUGUCACUUACCGACCAGAAUGCCUACCUCAAGUACUUUCUAAGCUGUUUGCUUCAGUUACCUUUGAAGUUAUAGAAGAAAGUAAGGCUCCUAGAACUCGAGCAGUGAAGAAUGUGAGAAGGCAUGCAUGCUCUUCAAUCAUAAAGAUGUGUCGAGAUUACCCUCAGCUUGUCCUGCCAAACUUUGAGAUGUUGUACAACCAUGUGAAGCAGUUGCUCUCCAAUGAGCUACUUCUGACCCAGAUGGAGAAAUGUGCUCUUAUGGAGGCCCUUGUCCUCAUCAGCAACCAGUUCAAGGACUAUCAGCGGCAGAAAGCUUUCCUGGAGGAGCUCAUGGCUCCUGUAGCUGGACUAUGGCUUUCCCCAGAGAUGCAGAGAGUCCUCUCAGAUCCUGAAGCCUUUAUCUCCUACGUGGGUGCAGACAACAAAAUUGCUGAUCCUGUCUUGGAAGAUCCUAGUGGCCUGAACCGCUCUAGAAUAAGCUUUUGUGUAUACACCAUUCUGGGCGUCGUGAAACGAGCUCGCUGGCCUGCUGCUACUGAAGAGGCAAAAGCUGGAGGAUUCUUGCUGGGAUACAUGCCCAGCGGAACUCCGAUCUACCGUAAUCCCUGCACUGAGCAGGUCCUGAAGCUUUUUGACAAUUUACUUGCUCUUAUAAGGACUCACAACAAUCUCUACAUGCCAGAGAUGGUGGCUAGACUGGGAGAAACAUUUGCAAAAGCCUUAGACAUGCUGGAGGUGGAGAAGAAUGCCAUCCUAGGUCUCCCUCAGCCUCUGCUGGAGCUUUACGAUUCUCCUGUUUACAAAACAGUCCUGGAAAGGAUGCAGGGCUUCUUUUGUACCCUGUACGACAACUGUUUCCACAUCCUGGGAAAUGCAGGCCCUUCCAUGCAGCAGGAUUUCUAUACUGUUGAGGGUCUCGCCACCCAGCUCCUCAGCUCAGCUUUCAUCAAUCUCAACAACAUUCCUGAUUAUAGACUGCGCCCCAUGCUCCGUGUGUUUGUGAAGCCCUUGGUACUCUCCUGCCCUUCAGAAUACUAUGAAACCCUUGUCUGCCCUAUGCUGGGACCACUCUUUACCUAUCUGCACGUGAGGUUGUCUCAGAAAUGGCAGGUGAUCAACCAGCGAAGCAUGCUCUGCGAGGACGAUGCUGCAGAUGACAACCCAGAGUCUCAGGAGAUGCUUGAGGAACAGCUGGUCAGACUGCUGACCCGAGAAGUGAUGGAUCUUAUCACUGUCUGCUGUGUUUCUAAGAAAGGUGUUGAGCAUAACACUACUGCUGCUGUAGAUGGAGAUGAUGAUGAGGCAAUGGCCACGGAGGUGACUCCCCCUGCCAGCGCAGAGCUCACUGAGCUUGGCAAGUGUCUAAUGAACCAAGAGGAUGUGUGUACUGCGCUGCUGAUCACUGCCUAUGCAUCCCUCUCCUGGAAGGACACCUUGUCCUGCCAAAGAACCACAACACAGCUUUGCUGGCCGCUGCUCAAACAGGUGCUUCCAGGAAACCUUCUGCCCGAUGCCGUGUCCUGGUUUUUCACAAGUGUGCUGAAGGGCUUACAGAUACAUGGGCAGCACGAUGGCUGCAUGGCAGCUCUUGUCCACCUGGCGUUCCAGAUCUACGAGGCCUUGCGCCCUCGCUACACUGAGCUGAAGGCUGUGAUGGAGCAGAUCCCAGAUAUCCCGAGGGACUCUUUGGAACAGUUUGAUUCAAAGCUUCUUAAUCCAGCGUUGCAGAAGGUGGCAGAUAAGCGCCGGAAGGAUCAUUUCAAGCGCCUCAUUGCAGGUUGCAUUGGGAAGCCUCUCGCAGAGCAGUUCCGCAAGGAGGUUCAUAUCCGGAACCUCCCAUCUCUCUUCAAAAAGGUGAAGCCAUCACUGGAGACCGAUGUGCUACAAAAUGAGGAUGGAGAAGGCCUCACUGCACUCUUCGAGGCCUGAACCUGGGAUGCUGCAGUCAUCUCCUCCCCUAUCUUAAAUUUUGUCUCUUCUCAUAGUAAGCACAUUAGAUUCUCCUUGUCAUCACCUCCACAAGCAUUUUUCUGAAUAAAGCCCCUUACAGGUCUUGUCCUGUUCUCCUCCCUAUGCUGGGACGGGGCCUAUGGUGGCAUUUGAACCAGUCUACUAAGCUUCCCCUGAUUCCUUCCCCUUCCCUCUAUUGGAUGCGUAUCUUUAGACCUCUGCUUCUCUGCAAGGUGGGAGCUGAGCCCAUAGACUCCAUUCGGUAAAGCCUGGUCAUCCUGUAGCAUUGGGUCAUUCUUGUUCCACCUCUUCAUCCUUUGGGGUUUAAGAUUAAUGUUAAAGGCAGAGUAGUACAACACAUGAAAAGUGGCUGCCCUAAUCUUCCCCUGGGUGCUAGUAGCCAGGCUUUGUAGGGGAUACAUAAGCCACUUGGGCCAUGCCUGGCAACACUUGUCCCUAACAGACUGGUAUUCUGAUGAAUCUGUUUCCCUCCAGCAUGCUAAGCCUUGGGCUGAGGGCUGUGUGCCAAGAAGCCUAGCAGUGCUCUAGGAUCUCACUUGAGAUCAGCCUUUCUAAGGUGCAGCUGCUCUCUAGAAAGAGGCAGACACUAUCAUAUAUAUAUAU